AUGGAAGGGCAGACGGCCCAAGAUCAGUACAUUGACAAUGCGCUCCGCGCGGUACAGAACAAGAGGCAAAUCCCUGAGAUUGACUUCACACUGCAUACUAUGGAGGACGGGACGCAAGUGAGCACGCAAGAGCGAGUCUGCAAAGACGUGCAAGCGCCCGCCUUCAAUGUACCCGCAGAAGACCAGAUCCUCUCGCCUCAAGAUCGCUCCAAGCCCAACCUCCAGUUCCUCAAGCAGCAUCUGUACCGAGAAGGCCGCCUCACUGAAGAGCAAGCACUAUGGAUUCUCAAUGCGGGAACAGCACUGCUUCGUGCCGAGCCUAACCUGCUCGAGAUGGACGCCCCAAUUACCGUGUGCGGAGACAUUCACGGCCAAUACUUUGACUUGAUGAAGCUCUUUGAAGUUGGCGGCGAUCCUGCUGAGACACGAUACCUGUUCUUGGGCGACUACGUGGAUCGUGGAUACUUCUCCAUCGAGUGCGUUCUGUACCUGUGGGCGCUCAAGAUGUGGUAUCCCAACACCCUCUGGCUGCUUCGCGGGAAUCACGAGUGUCGCCAUUUGACCGACUACUUCACCUUCAAGCUUGAAUGCAAGCAUAAAUACAGCGAGAAGGUGUACGAAGCCUGCAUGGAGUCGUUCUGCGCACUGCCUUUGGCUGCGAUCAUGAACAAGCAAUUCCUUUGCAUUCAUGGUGGUCUGAGCCCCGAACUGCAUACCCUGGAAGACCUCAAGGCGUUGGACAGAUUCAGAGAGCCACCGACCCAUGGCCUCAUGUGCGACAUCUUGUGGGCCGAUCCAUUGGAAGAGUUUGGACAAGAGAAGACCCAGGAAUACUUCGUACACAACCACGUUCGAGGGUGCUCGUACUUCUUCAGCUACCCAGCUGCAUGCGCGUUCCUCGAGAAGAACAACCUCCUCUCCAUCAUCCGUGCUCACGAAGCUCAGGAUGCAGGGUAUCGCAUGUACAGGAAGACCAGGACGACCGGGUUCCCUUCGGUGAUGACCAUCUUCUCUGCGCCCAACUAUCUUGACGUCUACAACAACAAGGCCGCGGUUCUGAAGUACGAGAAUAAUGUUAUGAACAUUCGUCAGUUCAACUGCACGCCUCACCCAUACUGGCUGCCGAACUUCAUGGAUGUGUUCACCUGGUCCUUGCCCUUCGUUGGAGAGAAGAUCACGGACAUGCUCAUUGCCAUCCUCAACACUUGCAGCAAAGAAGAGCUCGAAGAAGAUACGCCUCUGUCGUCAGGACCAUCGUCGCCGCCUCUCGCUGGGGGACCGAACUCGUUGGCCAAUAUGGAUCCUGACAGCACCGAGUUCAAGCGUCGUGCGAUCAAGAACAAGAUUCUGGCAAUUGGUCGACUUUCGAGAGUGUUCCAAGUCCUGCGCGAGGAGUCUGAGCGUGUGACUGAACUCAAGACUGCGUCUGGUGGUAGACUGCCAGCCGGUACGCUGAUGCUUGGUGCUGAAGGCAUCAAGCAAGCCAUCACUUCGUUCGAGGAUGCGAGAAAGGUGGAUUUGCAGAACGAGCGCCUGCCACCCAGCCAGGAAGAAGUUCGCCGAAGCACCGAAAAUGCGCGAGACGAGGCUCUCAAGCGUGCUUCGAGAGAAGCCGAGAACGACACUCAACUCGCAGGCGUUGCCAGGAGAAUAUCAAUGUCCUCGGGUUCCAAGCACAGCCGCAAGGGCUAG